AUGUUUGUGUACAUACGUACCUGCACACACACAGCCACAGUGUACAUACUCCCUCUCUCUCACACACACACUCUCACUCUCUCGUCCUCAGAGCAGCAGGUUCCCUGGAAGCAGCCAAACUGUCAGUGACUGUUGCAAACACAUGCUCGCUCUCGGCUCGGCUCUUUCUACAGUCGCUGCCAAGGGAGGAGGAGGAGGAGGAGGAGGAGGAGGAGAAGUGAAGCUGGAGGGAACAGACUAAAACACACAGAGAGAAAAGAGAAAGAGACAGCCUUGGACCAACCUCUGACUGCUUACCUCUCGCCUCUGCCUUGGCUGACUGUGUGGGAGACUGGAGGCAGCCUACAAGUGAUGCCUUGCACUCCCUGGAGCAGCACAUAGUCAGGACUUUCCUUCUACAUUUUCCUCUCUGCUACAAUGAUGAGGAGAGACCGUCUCUUCCUCGCCGUGACCCUCACAGCCAUCUUCUCCGCUGACCUUUACUUUAUUCUCCUGCCAAAGCUGCGGAGUGUGGGGCAAAUAUCCGGACACUUCUGCCCAUGUGGUUCUGGCAACCUCACCCUUCCCAGACACGGGGGUCUCGCCAGCCCGCAGCUCUCCAACUGGACCUCUGCGCUGCCCCUGGAUGGUACCACAUCUGAACCCACUGAUGGGGGGUCAAAGCUGGGGAGGCUGUUUGCUCACCCUCUGUACAACAUCCAGACUCCGCUGCUGGGGCCGGAGGAGAGGCUGCUGCAGGUGGAGCAGCUGAUGGAGUACUACAGGAAGAAGGUGUCACGCUGGGAAAGACACAUGAAAUACUACAACGAGGCAGCGGCUGUGUCCAACAUCACCGUGACUGAGCAUGAAGUGACCUUUGACCCCGAUGCCAGCUGGCUGAAGUUCCACCUCGGAAUUAGCCGCUAUGCUCUGUACUCCCGGGAUGACCCUGCUAUCCCACAGCUCCUCAAGGAUAUGCAGGGCAUGCCGGUCGUCAGUGCAGAUUACACUCAAGAUGAGAAGGCACUAAAAGGAGCAUGUGAUUGUACCCAAGUUGUUAAGCCCAGUGGACAUCACCUGAAACUGGCUCUGAAGAUGCAAAACUUUGCCAAAGCCAUGUUCAAACCAAUGAGGCAGCAGAGGGACGAGGAGACUCCAGAAGACUUCUUCUACUUCGUUGAUUUUCAGAGACACAAUGCAGAGAUUGCUGCCUUUCACCUGGACAGGAUCCUGGACUUCCGGAGGGUCCCACCGGUGUCCGGCAGGCUGCUGAACGUCACAGGAGAAGUCCUGCAGGUGACCCACAAUGAAGACCUACGAGCUGUCUUCUUUACCUCACCAGCAAACAACACGUGCUUCUUUGCCAAGUGCCUGUACGUGUGUAAGACGGAAUACGCGGUGUGUGGGGGCCCUGACCUGCUGGAGGGCUCCCUGUCUGCAUAUCUGCCCGGCCUCAGCAUCGCUCCCCGCAUCUCCAUCCCCAACCCCUGGAUACGCUCCUACACCUUUGCUGGACGUGAAGAGUGGGAAGUGAAUCCCUUCUACUGUGACACGGUAAAGCAGCUGUAUCCCUAUAACUCAGGCAACAGGCUCCUCAACAUCAUAGACAUGUCCAUCUUUGACUUCCUCACAAGCAACAUGGACAGACACCACUAUGAGAUUUUUACAAAAUUUGGGGACGAAGGAUUUCUUCUCCACUUGGACAAUGCCAGAGGGUUUGGGAAGCACUCUCAAGAUGAGAUGUCCAUCCUGGCUCCUCUAUCUCAGUGCUGCAUGAUAAAGCGCUCCACACUGCUGCGGCUCCAGCUCCUGGCCCGACCAGAGUACAGACUCAGUGAUGUGAUGAGGGAGUCUCUGCAGGGAGACUCUUUACAGCCAAUCUUGACGGAGCCGCACCUGUUAGCGCUGGACCGCAGGUUACAGAAGGUACUAAGAACAGUCCAGCGCUGCGUCCGCCGGCUGGGCGAGGACGAGGUGAUCACAAAGGACUUUGUCAAAUCCACUGUGAGACCUCAGACUGCCACAGAGACUGAAAAGGUCAGGUAACACAGGAUGUCGCCGCUCCUCUCCAUAGCUGCUCUUUGCAGCACAGAAGACUUGAUGAUGAAGCACAGAGAGCUAACAAGGCUCAGAUGGUUUGAAGGAACAAGCCAUAAAUGGAAGACGCUGUGAAAUCUUGAGAGCUUGUCAGAAGGAAGGCAUCUUAAUGCGGAGGUUCAAAACUUGAAUCACUCCAGGCCUCAAAUUCCUAUCACAGAAGGAGCCACACUUUUUAUUUCCUGUUGUUCCCCUCAUAGUCAUAAAUUCUUUCAGGGGUGCAUUUUAUGACAGGGCUCUAACUUUUUAUGUCCACCUACACAAUCAGGUCGAUUUGGAGUUAAUACAUUUAAAUUAAACUAGUAAAACGCACAUUUUAAACACCACAAAGGAUUAAUUUGAUACAUUAUACCUUUGAAACUUGAGCUAAUUGGUAUUUCUUUCAAAAACAUGGGGUGAAGACAAGACAUGGCCCACAACAUAGCCAGAAAUUAGUUCAAAGGUACAAGAAAAUUAACCGAAAAAAGGAAAAAUUUAAAACACACAAAAAAAACCCCCCACACACCCCUCAUUU